CCCACCCCCGCCGCGCGUCCCGAUUUGCAUAAACCACGCCCACACACCGCUCCCCUCACUCCUCCCGCCCGCCAGGGGGCGCCCCGCGCUGCUGAGGGGGGCGCUCCCCGUCACGUGACGCGGCGCGGGGGUCACGCGGGACGGCGGCGGCGCCGUCAUGGCGGCCAUGGCGGCGGAGAAGGAAGCGGAGGCGCAGCGGUUGCUGAGCGAGGCCGAGCGGAAGGUCCGGGGGGCUCAGUCCUUCCUCGGGGGCCUCUUCGGGGGUUCCUCGCGGCUGGAGGAGGCCUGUGACUGCUACACCCGCGCUGCCAACAUGUUCAAAAUGGCCAAAAACUGGAGCCAGGCUGGGGCUGCCUUUUCCCGGGCGGCUCAGCUGCAGCUGCAGCUCCAGAGCAAACACGACGCCGCCACCAAUUUCGUGGACGCCGGGAACGCCUUCAAGAAGGCCGAUCCACAGGAGGCCGUCACGUGCCUGCUCCGCGCCAUCGAGAUCUACACGGACAUGGGCCGUUUCACCAUCGCAGCCAAGCACCACAUCGCCAUCGCCGAGAUCUACGAGAGCGACCUGCUGGACAUUGAGAAGGUCAAAAAUCCCAAAGAAAUCCCAAAAAAACCCCAAAAGAUCCCAUGA